AUGUACGCCAAAGGCAAGAGUAGCAACGUGCCGUCCGACAGCCAAGCCAGAGAAAAGUUAGCUCUGUAUGUGUACGAGUACCUGCUGCAUGUAGGCGCACAGAAGUCAGCACAGACCUUUCUUUCAGAGAUCCGAUGGGAGAAGAACAUCACAUUAGGAGAACCUCCGGGGUUCCUCCACUCAUGGUGGUGUGUUUUUUGGGACCUGUACUGUGCAGCUCCAGAGAGAAGAGACACAUGUGAACACUCGAGUGAGGCCAAGGCUUUCCAUGACUAUAGCGCUGCAGCAGCUCCCAGUCCUGUCCUUGGGAACCUUCCCCCAGGAGAAGGCAUGCCAGUGGGGCCCGUCCCUCCAGGAUUCUUUCAGCCAUUUAUGUCACCCCGAUACCCCGGAGGACCCAGACCACCCCUCAGAUUACCCAGUCAGGGACUGGGGGGUGUCCCAGGGAGUCAGCCCAUGUUACCCAGUGGAAUGGACCCCACACGGCAGCAAGGACAUCCGAAUAUGGGAGGACCGAUGCAGAGGAUGACCCCCCCCAGAGGCAUGGUACCUCUAGGGCCUCAGAACUACGGAGGUGGGAUGAGACCACCGCUGAAUGCUCUGGUUGGUCCUGGGAUGCCUGGUAUGAACAUGGGACCUGGUGGGGGCAGACCCUGGCCAAAUCCUCCAAACGCUAAUUCUACCCCUUACUCUUCAGCAUCUCCCGGCAGUUAUGUGGGACCGCCAGGGGGAGGGGGCCCACCUGGGACACCAAUAAUGCCUAGUCCAGCAGAUUCAACCAACUCUGGCGACAACAUGUACACUAUGAUAAACACAGUUCCUCCAGGCGGAAACCGACCGAGCUUCCCGAUGGGUGCAGGUGGUGAUGGUCCAUUGGGUGGCAUGGCGGGAAUGGAGUCUCAUCACUUGAACGGAUCAUUAGGGUCUGGUGAUAUGGACAGUCUGCCUAAGAACUCUCCUGGUAACCUAAGUAUGAGUAACCAGCCGGGAACCCCCAGAGAGGAUGGAGAGAUGGGAGGAAACUUCCUUAACCCUUUUCAGAAUGAAAGUUAUUCUCCAAACAUGACGAUGAGUGUGUGAAGGCAGUGGGAGCAGUUCGGUCGUUCUCCCAGUUACGCUGGUGUGGAUCGGUGAAAACGUAAAGAGACAUGAUGUGAUUUCAUCUAGGCCAGUGACUUUUGGUCUGCCGCCGCCUGUCCAGCUGGCACAGUCGCCCCAGGCUUCGUCUUUCUUCUAACCCUCAACUCUCCAUGGUUUCUGUCCAUGUCUCUUCGCCGGUUAUUUCUUCUGUCUUAAGUAGUGACGGCUACGUUCAUCAGUUCUUCCUCUGCAACUGAGACUGUACAAAGGAACUAAAUUUAACCAACCGGAGGGGAGCUCUUUGUAUAUUUGCGUGUAUGUGACUGUAGACACAAUCAGUCACAGGCAUUUUUCAUCAUAUUAUGGAGUUUAUCCCCACACAGACAAGGCCAGUAUCCUUACUCUACUAAAUGUUAAAUUAUCAAAUAAAUAUGGACACUUUUUGAUUCAUUGUUUGUUAUAUUAAGACUGACUGGACAUCAUACUGUACGGAGCAUCACUUCAUCCAUAUUAAAGAAGAGAUCUGAGGUUUAUUAUUAAAGUUUGGGCAGCUUAAACAUCUGUCAUAGUGUUGAACUUUUAGGACAACCACUGACAUGUCUUAUAUUUUAACUUAUGGUUCAGAGAAUCACAUUUUUAUCACUUUUGCAAUACCCUGUAAGGCACAGAUUUAGGUCAGCUCUGUGUUUAGACUUCCUGAAUAUUUUACACAGCUUCCUCAGCACCACCUGGUUGAUUUUGUAUCUAGAUUUUCUAAGUCUUAUGGAACAGUUCAAGACAAAACUGUUUUGUUCAAGGCUUAAAUCCAACUUGAUUAGAAUAUACCCUAAGUUACACAUCUAGAGAAAGUGGUAAGAAACUGGUUUUGUACAAAGGUUAAAACCCUCUGUUACGAAGACACGAUAAAUGAUGCAUCUGUCUGUAUCAACCAAUAACUUUUGCUGUGAUCCUAUAUUAACUUCAGACUAUUUUGUGAAGGUUCAGUUGAUUGUACAAGUUGAGGAGAGCCAAAGGUAAUGGAGUUUUCUUACUUGACUGUAUUAUGUAAUAAGAGGGACUCUAAAGCUGAUUUGCAUUUUUAACCUGGGUCCAAAUAAUUUGCCAGAUUUUUUUUUUUUUUUUUUUUUCUACCGUUCACAUUCUCCGAAGAUAAAUAGACCAAAAGAUUCCUAAACUAUAAGACAGAAGUUACAAAUGUCACCCGAAUAAACUGUGAUCUCAGUGCGAUAUGGAAAUUCGGUACAGAAAAAAACUAAGUUAAAGAUCGAAGUUUGUUUUUAAUCAAUGUUUUCAACUUUUUCACUGCCCAAGAUGUUCUAUCAUCAUGUACAAAAGGUUGAUAUCUCCUCCCUUACUGCAAAAUGUACAGCUCACAAAUGUAGCUCCUUUGUCUUGUAUGUGUAUUUGAUAUUAUUAUUUAAAGAAAAACCUGGAGAGAAUUCUAUGAAAAAGGAGAGAUGGACUGAUGAUGCGUCAUCACAAAUAAUAAAAGCAGAUAUUUUGGUUUUGUUUUAGUUUGAAGCCAUAAGUGGGAGUACAAGAAGACACAUUUGUAAAUUGGAUCAUGUUUUCUGUUUUGUGGCAGUAUGUGGGACUCCAUUUGUGAUGUGUUCAUUUGCUCUUUUUUAUUCUUGUAUUAUGUUUUUGUAAAUACACAGAGAAGUAUUUCAUGGGUUUUGAAUAUGCUGGUAUAAAGCUUCUCUUCCCUUA